AUGCCGUAUUCAAAGAAGCCAAUGAACAGAAAGAUGGAGAACCUGGAGAUGAUGCAAGCUAAAGAUGAAUCCGUAGAUAAGCCUGAGUACGACGAAAGCAGCGAUGAGGGUGAUGAAGGAGCCAGCGACGAAAGCGGAAAUUAUUUGUCGGAGAAGAAAAAUAUUUGCAUCAUGCCCACUUUGCUGCUAAGUGUGACACUUUUGUUCGCGAUUCAGUUGUUAUCUUCAGUUGUUGGAUUUGAGAAAUCUAAGAACUGUGCUGAGCUUUACAACUCUGAUCAAAGAAUCAGCGGUGUUUAUACAAUCUACCCUGAUGACAAAGCUCCCUUUGAUGUAUAUUGCGACCAGUCGACAGCUGGUGGAGGAUGGACAGUGAUCCAAAAGAGACUGAAUGGCUCCGUUGAUUUUAACCGCACCUGGGAUGACUACAAACAUGGCUUCGGUAAUUUCCUCGUUGGUGAAUAUUGGCUUGGAUUGGAGAAGAUCCGCCGCUUGACUGAGAAUAAGACAGAAAACAGGCUUCGAAUAGUUCUUGGGGUAAACGAUAAGAAGCUACUGGUUUCUAGAAACACUUUGUACGCUGAAUAUGCGUGGCUUAAAAUUGGAGACGAGGAAGCGAAAUACAAGCUGAACCUUGGAAAUCAUACAAACAUGACUGUUAGUCAAGAUUCUCUCAGUCAUCAUAAUGGCCUCAAGUUUGGUACCUUUGAUAAACAUCACGCUGGUCCUCAAUGUGCGUCAAAAAGUGGAGGAAGCUGGUGGUACGAUGGGAAAUGCGCUGGGCUGUCAAAUCUCAACGCUGUUUAUAAUGAUGAUGGAUCGGCAAAGAUCUCUUGGGCAGGGCUAGUUCCCGACAGUGCUGUUGACAGUGCUCCCAAGACAACUGAAAUGAAGAUCAGACCUAUCAACUUUUCUUCAAAUUCACUUACUCAUUAG